AUGGCUAACACUUGCACAACCAUUGCCUCUACUCCCUGUUCGAAAAGCGGUUUCGGGUUCGGUACCGGGCUCGGAACCCGAGUUCGAUUCGCCGGCUAUUCAACUCACCGAGUCGCGGCAGCGACAGCAGCCUCCGCUAUGGCCACUCCCUCCACUGUCUCCAAUGCUAUUCUUCCCGCCCGGAACAAUCUAGUCUUCGUUAAAGGAGGGCCAACUCGCAGACAUUCCGUUCGAGUUGACUCAGUUGGAGCCAGUCGCUUCACUCACCACCGUCUCUGCUCUCCGUCAUUUCGCGUCUCCGCCACUUCUUCCACCGAGGAGCUAUCUAGCUCUACAGCUCCGGAUAUUGAGAAUCUGGUAAUUAUAGGAUCAGGUCCUGCAGGCUACACAGCGGCAAUUUAUGCCGCUCGAGCCAACUUGAAGCCUUUAGUAUUUGAGGGAUAUCAAGUAGGUGGUGUUCCUGGAGGACAAUUAAUGACCACAACUGAAGUAGAGAACUUCCCUGGGUUUCCAGAUGGAAUAACUGGUCCAGACUUAAUGGACAGGAUUCGGAAGCAAGCUGAGCGCUGGGGAGCAGAGUUAUUUCAAGAAGAUGUGGAAUUAAUUGAUGUCAAAAACAUGCCUUUCACUGUGCAAAGUAGUGAACGCAAGGUAAAAUGUAAUAGUCUUAUUGUUGCUACUGGAGCUACUGCAAAGCGGUUGGGGUUACCUCGUGAAGAUGAAUUUUGGAGUAGGGGAAUUAGUGCUUGUGCAAUAUGUGAUGGAGCAUCGCCAUUGUUUAAAGGUCAAGUCCUUGCUGUGGUUGGAGGAGGUGAUACAGCUACAGAGGAAGCAUUAUACUUGACAAAAUAUGCCCGCCGUGUUCAUUUGCUCGUACGCAGUGACCAACUAAGGGCAUCAAAAGCUAUGCAAGAUAGAGUUUUUAACAACCCAAACGUCACCGUGCACUUCAAUACAGAGACUAUGGAUGUCGUCAGCAAUAUGAAAGGGCAGAUGUCGGGUAUUUUGAUAAAAAACCGGGACACUCAAGAAGAAUCAGUGCUGGAGGCAAAAGGCUUGUUUUAUGGAAUAGGUCAUUCACCAAAUAGCAAGUUGUUGGAAGGACAGGUUGAUCUUGAUGAAGCAGGCUAUAUUUUGGUCGAGGAAGGCACUGCAAAGACUUCUGUAGAAGGAGUAUUUGCCGCUGGAGAUGUACAGGAUCAUGAAUGGAGGCAAGCCGUUACCGCAGCUGGAUCAGGUUGUGUUGCAGCACUAUCGGUGGAAAGAUAUCUUACAAGCAAAAAUCUCCUGAUUGAAUUCCACCAGCCAAAGACUGAAGAGGUGAAGAAAGAGCUUACUGACAGAGAUGUACUAGAAGGGUUUGAUAUCACUCUUACAAAGCACAAAGGCCAGUAUUCUUUAAGAAAGUUGUAUCAUGAAAGUCCAAGGCUUGUAUGUGUACUGUAUACUUCGCCAACAUGUGGUCCUUGUAGGACCUUGAAACCAAUUCUUGGGAAGGUGAUAGAUGAAUUUGACCAGAAUGUGCAUUUCGUUGAGAUUGAUAUUGAAGAAGAUCCAGAGAUUGCUGAGGCAGCUGGAAUUAUGGGUACACCAUGUGUGCAGUUUUUCAAGAACAAGGAAAUGUUGAGGAUUGUAUCAGGUGUCAAAAUGAAGAAAGAGUACAGAGAGUUUAUUGAAGCAAAUAAAUGA